AUGCCCUCCGACAUGCACACAGACCGUGACGCAGACUCAGACGCAGCCACGGGCCAGACUGUUCUUCCGCUGGCCCGAAUAAAGAAGAUAAUCCAGCUAGAUGAAGAGAUUGCACAGUGCUCACAUAAUGCAACGUUUCUCAUUGCGAUGGCUACAGAACUCUUCAUUCAAUACAUAGCAGAGCAAGGGUAUAACGUGGUCAAAUCCGAACGCAAGCCUCGGAAGACGAUCCAAUACAAGGAUCUUGCGACUGCGGUUUCGCGGAUUGAUAACCUCGAAUUCCUCGCCGAUGUGAUACCGAAGACUACAACCUAUCGACAAUUUAAAGAGAAGAGAGCCCGCGAAAUAGCACAUGACACGCCUAUAGCGGAGAAAGGACAGACGACCUUAGACAGCGCUGCGAUAGGACAAAAUGGUGCCGCUCGUCUUCCGGGGGGACAAACACUUAUAACGGCCAGGCCAGCUCCAGCAGAGAGCCCUAUGCCCACGGUAUCUAUGAUGAUUGACCGGUCGGCCGAGUCUGAGCCUGAUGCUGCAAGUGGCGAUGUUGAAAUGACUGGAUAG